GUGAGUGAACAUGCACUCGUUAUGGCGAUUACGUGCUCACUUCACGUUUCACAAACUCUAUUCGACCAUGGCAGAGCCUUUGGUACCUCUCCCAGUGGUUGAGAAGGUUAGCAGCCGGGUUAUACGCGUGCUCGGCGGGAAUCCGGGAAAGUUCACACUGCAAGGAACGAACACGUAUAUCGUGGGUCAAGGCUCGAAACGAUUGUUGAUCGACACCGGCGAAGGCAAGCCCGAAUGGAUAAAGGCGCUUAAGUCGGUGCUGAACGAGGAGAAGAUCACAAUUGAGAAGACAAUCCUGACUCAUUGGCAUCAUGACCAUAUUGAAGGAGUACCCGACCUCUUGAAGCAUUCCUCGAAUACAAAGGUGUACAAGAAGGAUCCAAAGGAGGGAUGGCUGGACAUAAGCGAUGGGCAGAAGUUCGAGACGGAAGGCGCGACGCUCCGGGCGUUCUUCUGUCCGGGCCACACUACUGACCAUAUGGCGCUCGUCCUAGAGGAGGAGGAUGCCAUGUUCACGGGCGACAACGUGCUCGGCCAAGGUACUGCGGUGUUCGAGGAUUACGCGACGUACAUGAAGAGCCUCGACGGCAUGUCGACGCAGUUCAAGGGGCGCGCAUAUCCGGGCCAUGGACCAGUCAUCGAGGAUGGGUCAGGAAAAGUGCUAGAGUACAUCAAGCAUCGGAAAAUGCGCGAGAAGCAGGUCUUGGACGUGCUGGCUCAGGAGAGGGAGGGCGGUUGGACGUCGAUGGAAAUUGUCAAGGUUAUUUACAAAGACUAUCCGGAGAAUCUGUGGGCACCAGCAGAGAAAGGCAUCCUGCAGAUUCUCGAGAAGCUGCAGAAGGAAGGGAAGGUGGUGCACAAUGAGCAGAAAGGGACGUGGUCGCUGAGCGGAAAGUCCACCCUCUAGUCAACCAAUCAAAAGGUGCACUAAUGAUGACACCGAUAAGGGC